AUGCUUCUCGUUUCCCACUACGAGGUUCUUGCUCCUCACGUUUGUCUUUCGAUUUCAAUGUCGUUACCGACGUUGGCGUACUCGGCUGCUGGAUCAUCUCCGGUUGUCAAACUUUAUUCCACGUCUGGAAAUGUCCUUCUCUCAUUAUCGACACCUUCGUUUGACGAUAUACAGCUCGUCAGGGGGCUUUCCCCACCUUCUUGCGGAUUCUGUAUAUCUGGCGAUCAAAGUUUGUCCGUCUGUCACAUCGAGUUUGGCAACAAUGUGUAUGAUGGGACUCUGUAUGCGGCGUCUCGUUUUGGGGCAUGGGGUUUUGGGGUCUCUGGGGAUGGCUGUACCUGCUCGGAGGAGAGACGGAUGGAGGUGCCUAGCGAGGUGCUACGAGGGACAGGAAAUGGGCAGAUAUCAAUCGUAUAUGGGUAUAGGGAUUACGUUCCGACAAGGAUGAGGCUGGUGUCAUUGCCAGUCAAGAGCAUCUGA